UGAAACUCUCCUGGAGGGGCGGCAUGCCGAGGGGGAAACAUUGCUCUUCCCUAGCAUGGAUGAAGCCACAGCCCAUCUGGCAGAGUAUCCCGCCUGCAGCAGGGCCCUCAAAGAGCCAGGGAGCGGUUCUCCCCCCACACCCAGCACCGGUCAGUUCGUAUAGAUCCUAGUCCCGCGUCCCUCCCAGCAGGACGCCAAGUGGUCCCGUGGGUACAAACGUCCUUGCUGUAAAGUCCCGCUAAACUCCUCACUGGAGAGAGAUCAUGUGGCGGACUCCGAGGCUGGUGGAGAAUGAACGCCUACGACGACUCAGAUGACUAUGACUAUAAGAAUUUGAACUUCACCGCGCCCAUAGACUUCGGCACGCCGUCGCCGCAGCCUGUCAAGGUGUCCCCCAUCCUGUGGGUGUCGCUGGUGCUCUACAUCCUCGUCUUCCUGCUGGGCGUGCCGGGGAACGCGGCGGUCAUCUGGGUGACGGGCUGCAAGAUGAAGCGCACGGUGAACACGGUCUGGUUUCUCAACCUGGCGGUGGCGGACCUGCUGUGCUGCCUGGCGCUCCCCUCCCUG